AUGGAGAUACUGAAGGGGCUGCAGGGCGCGGGGGGAGCGCCCGUGCCCCUGGCGUACAGUGAGGAGCCCUCGCGCCUCCUCAUGACGUACCUGGGGAAGGAGACCCUGGCCGACGUCCUGAGUGCACAUCGCAGCCAGACGCAGCUCCUGCAAGUGAGCCUGAAGCUGGCGGAGGCCGUGGCGGCGGUGCACGCCGCCGGGAUCGUCCACUGUGACCUCAAGCCGACCAACGUGAUGGUUCAGCUGCGCGGCGCAGGAGGAGCGUCGUCGGUGCACUUGAUCGACUUCGGGCUAGCACUGCCGGUGGGCCAGUGCCACCCCGCGAGCAGCAAGGGGCGGCACUCGUGGAGAGGAAGCAUCGGGCGCCAGCGCAGAUCCUUGGAGUUGGGUUUGAAAAGGAAAUAG